AUGGGAUACGGAGAUAGAAACGGAGGUGGUUAUGGUGGCGGCGGCGGAGGCCGAAGCUACGGUGGUGGCGGUGGCGGAAGUCGCAGCUACGGAGGCUCUGGGGGAGGAGGCGGUGGCUAUGGCGGCGGCCGAAGUUAUGGAGGCUCUGGCGGAGGGGGAGGUCGAAGCUACGGUGGUGGCGGAGGAGGAUACGGUGGCGGAAGCGGCGGAGGAGGAUACGGUGGCGGAAGCGGCGGCGGAGGUUAUGGCAGCUUCGGCGGCGGAUCUUCUGGCGACAGAUGGAACACUGGCGACUCUUUCUCUGGCAUGAAGGCGGUCGACUACAACAGUGUUGCAAAUUUCAUCCCAAUCGUCAAAGAGUUCUACCAAGAAUGCGAAGCUGUCCAGAAUCGAUCUGAAGCAGAAGUAAUGGAGUGGCGAUCGCAGAAGGAAGUUUACGUCCAAGGACCGGCCAAUUUCAAGCCCAUCCUGCAGUUCCUCGAAGCUGGCAUUCCUGACUAUCUCAUGCAGACAAUUUCCGCUGCUAACUAUUUGACCCCCACUACUAUUCAGUCGCAAUCUUGGCCAAUUGCUCUGUCCGGCGCAGAUAUGCAAGGAAUCGCUCGAACUGGUUCUGGAAAGACCCUUGCCUUUGUCCUUCCCGCUAUCAUUCACAUUAUGGCUCAGCCAGACCUUCGUCCUGGAGAUGGACCAGUUGCCGUCAUUCUCGCUCCUACUCGUGAGCUUGCUAAGCAAGUCCAGGAAGUUGCCGAGCAGUUCGGUCGACCUUGCGGCGUCAAUACAGUCGCUGUCUACGGUGGUGCCGAUAAGCGCCGAACAAAUCUUCAUCGAACAACGUUCUUAAUUCUCGACGAAGCCGAUCGAAUGCUGGACAUGGGUUUCGAACCACAAAUCCGGAAAAUUGUUGGUCAAAUCCGUCAAGAUCGCCAGACGCUUAUGUUUUCUGCUACCUGGCCGAAGGAAAUCCAGAAGCUCGCUGCUGACUUCAUGAAGACGCCUACCCAGAUCUUCAUCGGAAACCAGGAGCUUACUGCUAACCCUAACAUUGAGCAAAUCGUUGAAGUCGUCAACGACUUCGACAAGCCAAUGCGCUUCAAUUACUGGUUCCAGACUAUAACUUCGAAAAAGAUAUUGGUUUUCACAGAUACAAAACGUGACUGUGACAACUUGGCGUACACCAUGUCGAACGGACGAGUGCGCUGCGCCGCCAUUCACGGCGACAAAGAUCAGCGCGAGCGAGAACGCGUACUCAUGGAUUUCCGAAACGGGCGCAUUAACGUGCUUGUAGCUACAGAUGUAGCUGCGCGUGGUCUUGACAUUGAUGAUAUUGGAACCGUUAUCAACUACGAUUUCCCAAGCCAGGUUGAAGAUUAUGUUCACCGAAUCGGGCGCACUGCGCGUGGAGAGAACAAGGGAAAAUCCAUCAGUUUCAUCACUUCGAAGCACGCAAAACACGCUGCUGCUCUGAUCAAAUUGCUUGAACAAGCUGGUCAGCUCGUUCCACCGGAGCUCGUCCAACUCUCUCACGAUGCACCAGUUGGUGGUGGCCGCGGAGGAGGUCGAGGACAGAAGAGAAGCUUUGGAGGAGGCCAAGGCGGCGGAGGACCAAUGAAACGAGGACGAGGAGGCUUCGGCGGCUCCGGAGGAGGCCGUGGUGGAGGCGGAUCAUUUGGAGGAGGCCGAGGAGGCGGCAGCAGUGGUGGCCGAGGAGGAGGUUACGGUAGCGGCGGUUCAAGAGGAGGCGGUGGCUACAGCGGUGGAGGUGGCCGUGGUGGAUACGGCGGCGGCGGAAGACCCUAUUAA